CUCUGUUCCCCUCUUUCUCUGCUCCUCCCCUGCUCGCUCUCAAAAAUAAACAUUAAAAAAAGAAAGAAAAAGCUUAACGAGUUUGAAGAAGAGAAAGAGUAAAAUGGCUUAAGUGGGUAAGCGAGGGAGAGGUAAUACAGCCGAGGCAGGGCCUGGCCCUUCAGGUAGGCAAGGACUAGAUCACUAUAGUCAUUAGGGCUCUGGGUGGAGGAAUGGAAUGACGAGCAGCUGGAUAAAUGAAAGCACACGCGUUACAUUCAUGCACACCUGUGUGAGCAAACCAGACAAGGAACCAAGGAUGAACGAACGAGGGGCCUCUGGCCCUCUCGCCAGGCCCAGCCCGGUGGAUUUCUGACGCCGUUUGUGCUCUUUACCUGGCAGGAUGCUGGAGGGCCCGGUGCCGGAGGAGCCGGAGCACAGGUCCCAAGGGCCGUGCGCUGGGUCUUGCCACGCGCAGCGCCUUCUGCAGACCCUCAAUGCGUACCGACUGAGCGGCACCUUCACCGACGUGGUGCUGCGCGCCGGUGGCCGAGACUUCCCGUGCCACCGGGCGGCACUCAGCGCGGGCAGCGCCUACUUCCGCAGCCUGUUCGCCGCGGGGCAGCCGGAGCGCGGCCUGGCCGUAGUGCCCGUGGCGCCCGUGGCCUCGGAAGCGCCGGGCGCUGGGCCGGGCGUGGCGGCGGCGGCUCUGGCCGUGGUGCUUGACUACGUGUACGGGGCGGGCGUGCGGCUGCGCGCUGAGGACGAGGCGGCCGCCGUGCUGGCGCUCGCCGAGCGGCUGGGCGUGGCGGGCCUGCGCGAGGCCUGCGCCAGCUUCCUCGAGGGUCGCCUGCGCGCCGCCAACAGCCUGGCGCUGCGUCGCGUGGCCGCCGCCUUCUCGCUCGCCUCGCUGGCCGAGCGCUGCGGCCGCGUGCUGCGCCAGGCCUUCGUCGAGGUGGCGCGCCACGCCGACUUCCUGGAGCUGGCGCCCGACGAGGUGGCGGCGCUGCUGGCCGACCCGGCGCUGGGCGUGGCACGCGAGGAGGCCGUGUUCGAGGCGGCCAUGCGCUGGGUGCGCCACGACGCGCCGGCCCGCCGCGGGCAGCUGAGGCGCCUGCUGGAGCACGUGCGGCUGCCCCUGCUGGCGCCCGCCUACUUCCUGGAGAAGGUGGAGGCAGACGAGCUGCUGCAGGCCAACCGCGAGUGCCGCCCGCUGCUGCUCGAGGCCCGCGCCUGCUUCAUCCUCGGCCCCGAAGCUGGUGCGCUGCGGGCCCGGCCGCGGAGAUUCAUGGACCUAGCUGAAGUGAUCGUGGUCAUCGGCGGUUGUGACCGCAAGGGGCUCCUGAAGCUGCCCUUCACUGAUGCCUACCAUCCAGAGAGCCGGCGCUGGACCCCACUGCCCAGCCUCCCAGGAUACAUGCGCUCAGAGUUCGCCGCCUGUGCUCUGCGCAAUGACAUCUAUGUUUCCGGAGGCCACAUCAACAGCCAUGACGUGUGGAUGUUUAGCUCCCCUCUGCACACCUGGAUCAAGGUGGCCUCGCUGCUCAAGGGCAGGUGGAGGCAUAAGAUGGCAGUCAUGCAGGGGCAGCUGUUCGCGGUGGGCGGCUUUGAUGGCCUUCGGCGCCUGCGCAGCGUAGAACGCUAUGACCCCUUCUCCAACACCUGGGCGGCGGCAACACCUCUCCCAGAGGCUGUGAGCUCAGCUGCAGUGGUGGCCUGCGCCGGCAGGAUCUACGUGAUCGGGGGCGCCGGGCAGGACGGUGUCAGCAUCAACAAGGUGCAGUGCUUUGACCCUGAAGAGGACCGGUGGAGCCUGCGAUCACCGGCGCCCUUCUCACAGUGCUGUCUCGAGGCUGUCUCCCUUGAGGGCACCAUCUAUGUGGUUGGAGGCCUCAUGAGCAAAAUCUUCACUUAUGACCCUGGCACAGAUGUCUGGGGGGAGGCAGCUGUCCUCCCCAGCCCUGUGGAGAGCUGUGGCUUGACUGCGUGUGAUGGGAAGGUCCACAUCCUUGGUGGACGGGAUGAUCUCGGGGAGAGCACCGACAAGGUCUUCACCUUUGACCCCAGCAGUGGGCAGGUGGAGGCCCAGCCAUCCCUACAGCGCUGUACCAGCUCCCAUGGUUGCAUCACCAUCAUUCAGAGCCUGAGCAGGUGAUACAGACUUGAACAGCCUGAGCCAGGAAACAGAGAAAGGAAGGAGAACUUGGGUUCACCACUGCUCCCCUCAUGGCUCCUCCAUGUAAAUAGCCCCUUAACUUAUUGCCGCCCUCCCUUCUCAUAGAAAUAAAACCUUCAAAGGUUGGGUCUGUGUUCCAGCUCAAGCCUGCUUUGCCUGGAGAAGUAAUGCCCAACAUCUACUCCCUGAUGUGACUCUUUACAAAGCACCUUCAUAUAUCCACCUUCAUGAUGGCAGUAUGGACAUAUUAAAAAAAUUAUGAAACAUUUCAUGCAUAAAAAGAAUAUAUUUUAUACAGCUUAAGAAUUAUAAUAAAGUAAAUAUCUGUGUUUCCACCA